GCAUUGGGUUUCAGUUUGUAUGCUGUACUAGUGAAUAGUCGUAAAGAUUAUGAUUAGGAAAGAAACUUUGUAUAGCUUAGCAUUGCCAGUGUUGUUCAGAAUACAUUUUCGUACGAAUUAAAGGAGAAAGAGGGUUUUGCUUUUGACGCAAUGGGCGCCAUUACCAUCUUAACAGCCGGAGAGGGGGCUUUAUUUUAGAUAUUUAUUAUACCUUACCUCCCACAAACAGAGCAAAAUCUUAUAGUUUUGCUUUUGGUAGUAACUCAAAGCAACAACCGGGCGAUGGGUUGUUGUAUCUCAAAUCUAGAUGGGGGAGAAACAGUCUCACAAUGCAGAGCGAGAAAGAGAUACAUGAAACAACUAGUGGUAGCAAGACAGUUUUUUUCAGCUUCACAUGCAAUGUAUUUUCGUUCUCUUCGCAAUACUGGCUCAGCUCUUCUUCAGUUUUCAAGUAGUGAAUCCGCUCUUCACCACCAUCACCACCUCGGACCACCAUCACUACCACCACCCCCAUCACCACCAGAAGAAAUCUUUAGUUCACCACGGCCUCCAUUUAGUCCCAGUACUGAUACUAAUUGGUCAUCAUCAAUUGGAGCUUCUCCUCUUCCACCACCUCCGCCUCCUCCACCUCCACAAUCUUCAACUUGGGACUUCUGGGACCCAUUUGUGGAGACAACAACACAGUCUAUGACCGAGGAAGAGUGGGAGGACGAGGUUGCUGAACUGCCAUUGACUAGGUCUAGGACUGAGAGUACAAUGGCGCCGCCUUCGGUGUUGAGUGGGUACUCUAAAGACACUAGUGGAAGUACUGACCUUGCUAUGGUGAAGUCAACAAAUGGUAAGAAUAUAUUUGACAUUAUCAAAGAAGUUGAUGAUUACUUCCUUAAGGCUGCUGAUGCGGGUGCUGAGCUUUCUGCAAUUCUUGAGGUUACAAGUCCUAUUGUUUCUACCACCCAGACUAAAGGAGGUAAAGUUUACAGCUACGGCUUCUAUUUGAGUCCAGCGUCGUGGACAUGGGGUUCCAGUCCAAAAUCUCAGGCAUUUGGAAGCUUCUUGGGUGACCAAGUAGUUGGAAACAAAGGAGGUGAUAGCCAUUCCUCAACCAUUGAGAAGCUAUAUGCUUGGGAGAAGAAACUGUAUGAGGAAGUUAAGGAUUCUGAGGCUAUAAAGAUGAAGCAUGAGAAGAAGGUGAGCCAGCUGAGGAAACUGGAGGUGAAAGGAGCUGACUAUUUGAAGACUGAGAAGACCAAGAAAGAGCUUGAAAAGCUAGAGUCUCAAUUAACUGUUUCCUCUCAAGCCAUUGAGACUAUCUCAGCUGAAAUCAACAAAAUCAGGGACACUCAACUCCACCCUCAACUCCUUGACCUUGUUAAAGGAUUAAUGUGCAUGUGGAGAAGCAUGUAUGAGAGCCACCAGGUCCAAACUCACAUUGUUCAGCAGUUCAAAUACCUCAACACAAUUCCAUCUGCAGAACCCACAUCAGAGAUUCACAGGCAAUCAGCUCUCCAGCUUGAGCUCCAAGUCCAGCAAUGGCACCAAUCUUUCUGCAACUUAGUCAAAGCCCAAAAGGACUACAUUCAGAACCUCACAGGGUGGCUACGCCUAAGCCUUUAUCAGUUCACCAAAACCCCACUAUCUAGAACUGAUCAGGAAACGGGAAUUUACUCAUUUUGUGAAGAAUGGCACCAGGCAGUUGAUAGGAUUCCAGACAAAGUAGCAUCUGAAGGAAUCAAAAGCUUCUUAACAGUGAUCAAUGAUAUUGUAGUUCAACAUACUGAAGAAUAUAAACAAAAGAAGAAGUCAGAGUCAGUGUUUAAGGAGUUUGAGAAGAAGUCAUCCGAGCUUAGAUUACUGGAGAACAAGUAUGGCCCAUUUUCAGUGCCUCAAAGCCCUGGCAAGGACCCAGUUGCAGAGAAAAGACUGAAGGUUGAUAUGUUAAGAACCAAGGCAGAGGAGGAGAAGAGUAAGCAUGAGAAUUUGGUAGCUAUGACAAGAGCAAUGACCGUAAAUAACCUGCAGAUGGUUUUCCCACAUGUCUUUCAAGCAAUGGUCGGAUUCUCAACUGUGUGUAUGCAAGCAUUCGAGAAGUCAUACAAUCAAGCCAAGAAAAUUACACAGGAGCAACAAGUGAAGACGAUACUCCCUUAAAAUGGGAUCUUUAUCUUAAAAAAAAAAAAAAAAGCUAUGAUAAUUGGUUUCUAUGUGUAUAGUUGAUAAUAGAAGCACUGAGAAGUUUUGCAGGCUCACUCUAUACAAAUCCAUGUGAUGCAAAUUUUGUGCAAGCGCAGUGGAGUGCUGUGAGCCAUUUUGGUACAGGAAGUUGUGGCAACUUCGGAACUCGGACGAAUUGUGGUGUUUUCAAGUAGGCCUUCUGUAUACUUUGCUUUGUAUUUUGGAUAGGAUACUGCUUUAUAUCUUAAAUGUUAUCCUCAAUUUGGUUCUAUAAAGCUAGUGUUUGAUUUUGUAUGAUGAUCAAAUUGCUACUUCAUUGAAGAGUAUAAUUAUAUCAGUCAGUUGUGCCUGGGGAGUUAAA